AUGGCGGACGAGGCGGGGAUCGCCUUGGACGAUCUCGGUACAGACCUGGCGCCCGCGCCGGUCAGUGCCGGGGAUGCGGCGCUACAUGCUAUGCUGGAGCAGCGCAAACUCGCGCACCAGGUGCCGGUGCCCACCUCUGACGUCCAGGUGCGCGAGCGCCUGCGGCAGUAUGGCGAGCCUAUGACCCUGUUUGGCGAGCGCGAGCCGGACCGGCGCGCGCGUCUUUUGCAGGUGCUGAUCGCGCGCCACGGGAAAAAUGCCGUGAACUUGUCGCACGCGCCGUCCGCCGAGGCGGCGGACGAGGACGAGGAGGAAUUCUACACCGAGGGCUCUACUGACCUCCUCGUCGCGCGGCGGCGCAUCGCGAUGGACUCCCUUUCGCGCGCCAAGGCGCGCCGCGCGUACCAGCGCCGCGAGGCGCGUGUGUCGAUGCAGGACGUCGCACAGCUCCGCAAACAAGUGCUCGAGCCCCUCAAGACGUGCCAGCUGCUCGGCUCGCAGAUCGCCGGAUCGCGGCCCAUCUCCAUGGUGCGCUUUGCGCCAGACGCGUCCAUCCUGGCGACUGGAUCAUGGUCUGGCCACGCGGCGCUGUGGUCGCUGCCGAAUGCGACGGCCCGCGGCGCGGCACUCGCGGGUCACGAGGACCGCAUAAGCGGCCUGGCGUGGCACCCGUGCGCCACACUCACGCAGACGCCGAGCGCGGUGAACCUUGCGACGGGCGCGGGCGAUGGCACCGUGUGCCUCUGGUCGCUCGCGGACGAGCGGCCUCUCCUGCGCACGCUGCGCGGCCACGAGGCGCGUGUGUGUCGCACAGCGUUCCACCCGAUGGGUGACUAUCUCGUGAGUGCCUCGUACGACGGAACGUGGCGCCUCUGGGACGUGGAGCGCGGGCUCGAGCUCCUGCUCCAGGAAGGCCACAGCCGCGCGGUGUAUGCGAUUGAUGUCCACGGCGAUGGCUCGCUCGUAGCGUCGGGCGGCCUCGAUGCGAUCGGGCGCCUGUGGGACACACGCACCGGGCGCACGGCCAUGGUGCUCGAUGGCCAUGCGCGCGAGAUCCUCAGCCUUGCCUUCGCGCCGAACGGCUACCACCUGCUCUCGGCGUCCGGCGACGAUACGGUGCGUGUGUGGGAUCUGCGCACGCUCAGCACCGUCUACACGAUUCCUGCGCACCGCUCGUCCGUGGCGGAUGUGCGCUUCUUCACCGCGGCGAGUGAGCGGCCCCGUGCACCGGCGCCCUGGUGGGCCGGCAGCGACGUGUCGAUGGAUGUGGACGACGCAGGCGAUGCGCCAGCGCUGCGGCGCUCAGGCCUCUACUUUGCCACGGCGGGGUACGACGGGCUCGUCAAGCUGUGGAGUGCCGACGACUGGCAGCUGGUCCAGUCGCUGCGCGGCGACUCGGGCAAGGUGAUGAGCGUGGACAUUAGCGCCGACGGGCAGUAUAUUGCGAGUGGCGAGUGGGGGCGCACGUUCAAGCUCUGGGGGUCGCUAUAG